GUGAGUGCAAAUGUAAGAAACUUCAGCUGUAGUCAGAAAAUGUUGAAAAACACGUGUAGUUAAAAAUAUAUGAGGGGCACACUAAAAAACAAAAAAUACUUUCGUCACACUAUAAUUUUUUUUACUAAAUUUAACUUAUAUUCAUAAUAUAAUAUUUAAAUAUAAAUUAUCAUUAAUUUAAUUUAAUUACAAUAAUUUACCUUUAAUCACCACGACAUAAAAAUAAUAAUUUAAAUUAAUUACACAUUUUUCAUUAUUAAUCACAAACUUUAUUGACAAUAUAUGACAAUUGUAGAGAGGCAGGUGGGGAGUGAGAUUAAUAACUAAUUAGAAUACAUUGACGUGAUGAAGAAAAGUGGGUGAAUUAAUAAUGAAAAGGGUGGUCGGUUUUAAUCAACAUUUCUUUAAUGACAUAAAUAAUAAACUAUUGCUAAAAAAUAAAAUAAAAAAUAAUAAACUAUGGCAUAUUGUGUUGACUGUUGAGUCAUUGUGAAAAUUACAGGAUUAUUAUUAUAUAAUCCUGUUGAUUAGCAAACUAGUUAUACUGGGAUUAUACAUACAGACUACAGUUAUAUCUAUUUUGAAUCUAUUUCAAUUUGGUUGUGAAAUUAAAAACCAAUAUACUUGGUUUAAUUAGUGAUUAUAGUAACAAAUGUCUGGAUUAGUUCAAUUACUAAAGUCUAGUCUUACGCGACUAGAGGAGCAACAGUACUUUUCAUUCAUUCAAAUCAUAACUAAUCCAUUUUUCGGUUGGUUUCAUGAAGAAUAUUCCCAAAAAAUCGAAAGUUUAGAUCCUUUGGAGAUAACUUGUGGCCAAGAAAACAACAUAUUUCAUGUUGCAGUAAAAUACACAGCUAAUCCACGAGCAGACCCAAUACAGACUUGGCUAAGAGAAUACUCUUUACUUGCCUUUCAGCCGAACAACAAAGGCGACACGCCUUUGCAUGUGGCGGCCAAGUUAGGGAACAAGAGUUUCGGGGCGGUUCUAAUAGAACAUGCAAAGAGAGUUGUAGAAGGCCAUAAUUAUGAGUCGUAUAGAGAUCUGUUGAGGAAGGUGAAUUAUGUGAAGGAAAACACAGCACUUCAUGAAGCUGUGUUCAACGGUCACUUCGAAAUCGCAAAGCUGUUAAUCGAAGAAGACCCAAGUUUGACAUGUUUUGAGAAUAAGGAUGGAGAGUCUCCUCUGUUUUUGGCUGUAGAAGGAAGGUUUUAUGAUAUUGCUUCCAUAAUUUUGGACACUUAUCCAAAUUGCUCUUUGUUAGGAAGGAAAGGCAUGAAUGUCAUGCAUGCUGCUGCCAUUCGUUCGUGCACAAAAGUAGAAACACUGCUGCUUUCAAGAAGUGUUACUAGGGGUUUUGACGAUUUUGUUAAAAAGUUGUUAGAGAGAUGUGGAUCCCAGAUUUUAGAAAAAUCAGAAGAUGAGUUUGGAUGGAUGCCUCAUCACUAUACAGCAAACAAUGGACAAUCAAGACUUGUGAGAUUAUUUUUGGAAGCCAAAAAAUGCAUUGCCUAUAUCAAAGAUAAACAAGGUAUGACUGCUCUUCACAUCUCUGCAAGGAUGGGCCAUGUAGGAGUGAUGAGAGCAUUGAUGGAGAAAUGUCCAGAUAUUGGUGAGUUGUUAGACAAUAGAGAUCGGACUGCACUUCAUAUUGCUGUUGAACACAAACAGAGUUUUGUGGUAAAUACUUUACUAAGUAUGAGACCUUUUGUUAAUCUUAUAAAUGAGCAAGACAAUGAAGGAAAUACAGCUCUACAUGUAGCUGCUAUGGAUGGUUAUUCUAGGAUUUUUAAAUGUUUGGUAAGUAAUCAGAAUAUCAACAAGAGAAUCAUCAAUAAGAUGGGGAUGACUGCUUUUGACAUUGCUCGUAAAUCAGCAAUCCUAGGAUAUGGUUGUCUUGCAGAGGCUUUUAUUGUAUCGAGAAUGAAUAAGAAAGGCCAGCUUGUUCAAAGUUUACAAAAGGAUGCGAUUGAUGAAAGAAGACGUGAAGAAACCCAAUUAACAAUCACUCAUAAUCAUCAAUCUGGACAUAACAAUAAUAGUGAUGAUGAUGAUGAUGAAGAUCAUCAACAUAUACAGCACAUGCAUACCUUGACCUUAAUGGUGUCGACUCUAAUCGCAGGUAUUACAUUUCAAGUAGGCAUUACCAUGCCAGCAGCAGGGAAAUACAAUACUCCAAAGGGCUUGGAAACUUUCGAAAAGUUCAUGCAAUUCAAUUCCCUUGCUUUUUCAUUGUCAUCGUUUAACAUGUUCUUACACUUCAUUGUGAGUACUCUUUCCAACAAGUUCUUACGGGGAAGACAAUAUAAGAGGUUUAUUAGUAUUGCAACAAUUCCCAUAAUAUUUUCAUCUGUUAUUGCAUUUAUAUGCGCCUUUAGUAUGGGUACAGAAACACUUAUGCACGAGAAGAAAGAGCUAAAUAGUUUCAUUGAUAAGAAUUCUAAUAUGUUUAGGGAUAUCUUAACCACUUCACCAGGGGCUGUUGUACUGGCUGCAAUCAUUUAUACAUGGUACAAUAGACUAUUUUGACUUCUCCUAAGUAUAGUACUGGUAUUGUUUUUAUAAGGUCACUGGUUACUUUUUCGAUGUAUUAUAUCUAUUUUUAUUGUUAUUGUUUACUGUGUUUUGCUAAUUAGUUAUCCUAUUUUGUUAUAUUAUAAAGCUUUUCACCUCAACUGGGUUAUUAAUUAAUUAGGAAUGUUUAUUAAUAAAUAAUUUGGAGCAACAUAAACUCUUUAU